AUGGGGCUCCGGAGAUCCUGGGCAGGUUUCUGCUUGGGGGUGGGCCUGGUUUUGGUUUUGGUGGCGUGUGACGUCGGUGCGGGUGUCGAGGAGCCAUCGCUUGCUUUUGAUGAGAAUGGAACACUUUUCAUCAAUGCCACCAACCGUGUGGUGGUGAAUGGCGUCGACGUCCAGGCGCUGGCCAUGGCAUUCAGCGCUGCCUCAAGCAGCCUCGAUGCCCUCAUCGAGCUUCAGCGGGAGCUGAAUCCGCCGCAAUUUGAGCAGCACGCCAUCAGCGCGACCAUGGACGGUUCACGGUCGGCCUGUGCCGCCGACCUGGAUGGGGAUGGGUUUCUAGACGUCCUUAGCACGAAUUAUCUUCAGCACCAGAUUUCAUGGUACCGCAACAACGGCGACGGUUCCUUCUCCGAUCAGAUUGUCAUUACCAACACCUCCCAAUCAGUGUGGUAUGCAACACCUGCGGAUCUCAGCGGCGAUGGUCAACUCGAUAUUGUCAGUGUUUGGCAUAACGAUAUGAUUGCGUGGUAUCUCAAUACCGGCAACGGCGCCUUCUCCCCCGAACCAAUGAUCAUCACAACCGACGUUAAGGCAGGACGGUCAGUGUUUGCCACGGACUUUAACAACGAUGGCUACACUGAUGUUGUCAGUGCCAGCAUGGAUGACGACAAGAUUGCGUGGUACCGUAACAACGGCAAUAGCACCUUCUCAGCUCAGAUCAUCAUCAGUACAGAUGCCGUGGAAGCUCUAUCGGUAUAUGCGGCCGACUUGAACAAUGACGGCUUCGCUGACGUCCUCAGCGCCAGUCCGGGUGAUGAUAAGGUUGCAUGGUACCGCAACAAUGGCAACGGCACCUUUACCAAUCAAAUUGUGAUUACCACGAGUGCUGACGGUCCCGUGUCAGUGUAUGCCGCUGAUCUGGACGGGGACGGCCACCUGGAUGUCCUCAGCGCGAGUUAUCUUGACAACAAGAUUGCAUGGUGUCGUAAUAACGGCAACGGCACCUUCUCAGAACAACUUGUCAUCAGCGAUGCUGCAGAUAUGGCAUACUCCGUAUACGCGGCAGAUCUGGACAACGAUGGCCAUCUUGACGUCCUCAGCGCCAGCUACUAUGAUGACAAAAUUGCCUGGUACCGCAACAAAGGCAAUGGAACCUUCUCAGACCAAUUGAUCAUCACGGAGGCUGCCAACGGAGCAUACUCGGUGUUUGCUGCAGAUCUGGACAACAACGGGGACAUCGACAUCCUCAGUGCCAGCUAUCUUGGAGAUGGCAUUGCCUGGUAUCGCAACGACGACCCCGUAGCUCAUUUCUUCCGUAGCACUUGA